AGGAGCUGAGUCCUCUGACUCAAACUUGACCCAUCCAUUCUCCCCCUUCUUAGUUCUGACAUGACAUUCUCCAUCCAAACCCAACAAAACUCUGUCCCCUUUCAAUUUUCAAUCUCAUCCCUCUCUCUCUCAUCACUCUCUCUCUUUCUCACCCCUUCCUGCUCUGCAACCUCUUAGAAUCGGAAGUGUUCCUUUGAUCUUGCAGUUACUAGCAGCUUCGUUUUUCUCCUCUCAGGGCUAGGUUGCAGUACUUAAAUUAUAGAAUGAGUAGACCAACAACAAGAAGUAAAAAUAAAAGACAGAGGCAAGGGGAUGAUGGCACUGGCACUGGUGAAAUAUGGAGGAAAAUUUACAAUACAGGUACAAUAACUGAGGAUGACAUGAAUCAACUAUAUAUGAUUUGGAAGCCAGUUUGUUCAGGCUGUCGAGUCAAUACCAAAGAUAAUCCAAAUUGCUUCUGUGCAUUAGUUCCACCUCCAAAUGGAGCCCGAAAGUCUGGCUUAUGGCAAAAGAUGUCAGAUUUUGUUGAAACUCUUGGCCAUGACCCAACCAAGGAUCUUCGUGCAUCUGCUAAUUCUCCUGCAGGUCUCACAAAUCUUGGUGCAACAUGCUAUGCUAACAGCAUUCUCCAGUGCUUGUACAUGAAUGAAUCUUUCCGAGAAGGCAUAUUUUCUGUAGAACGAGAUGUUCUACAACAACAGCCUGUGCUAGAUCAGCUGGCUCGACUUUUUGUGCAGUUGCAUAUUAGCAAAAUGGCUUUCAUAGAUUCUUCUCCAUUUGUAAAAACACUGGAAUUAGAUAAUGGAGUUCAGCAGGAUAGCCAUGAAUUUCUGACAUUGCUUCUCUCUUUGCUUGAGCGUUGUCUGAGCCAUUCCAAAGUUCUCAAGACAAGAACAAUAGUUCAAGAUCUUUUCCGGGGAAGUGUGUCUCAUGUGACGACGUGCUCACGAUGUGGAAGAGACUCUGAAGCUUCUUCCAAAAUGGAAGAUUUCUAUGAAUUGGAGUUGAAUGUCAAGGGAUUGAAAAGUUUAGAUGAAAGCCUCGAUGAAUAUCUCACUGUUGAAGAGCUUAAUGGUGACAAUCAAUAUUUUUGUGAGUCAUGUAAAACAAGAGUUGAUGCUACACGUAGCAUCAAGCUAUGUACAUUACCCAAAGUACUUAAUUUUCAGCUUAAGCGUUAUGUCUUCCUUCCAAAGACUACAACAAAGAAGAAAAUUACUUCCGCCUUUUCAUUUCCCGCUGAACUUGAUAUGCGGUAUAGAAUGUCUGAGUUGUCUCAGUUCGACUUGGUAUAUGACUUGUCAGCUGUACUGAUUCACAAGGGAACUGGUGCUAAUAGUGGCCAUUACAUUGCUCACAUCAAGGAUGUGAACACUGGGCAAUGGUGGGAAUUUGACGAUGAGCACGUUACUAAUUUGGGUUGCCAUCCAUUUGGUGAAGGCUCUUCAAGUUCUACUAAAUCCAUCAAGACUGAUGCAAUUCAUUCUGAUAGUUCUGAAACAAUGAAAGCUGUCAGUAAUGGAAAUGGUUUUAAUGCCACUCAUUCACAAUCUUCGCUUGUGGAGACAUUUUUGUCUAGUGAUGCGUACAUGUUGAUGUACCAUCUUAAACAUGCAAAAAAUGUAGGUGAAAGUGGAGGAGGAAUUUGUGGUGUUGACCAUAAAGAAACAGAGGGUGUUGCUUUGCAAAAUGGUGCUCCUCUUCCAUCUCAUCUUUAUGAUGAGAUUCAAAAUUUCAAUACCUCAUAUAAUGAUGCUUGUCAGCAGUACAAUAACAGGAAAGAGUUAGAAUUGAGCCGUAUUACCGAGAGGAGACAGGAAGUACGAUCUAUUUUAGCUGAGGCUCCUGUUCAACCAUUGGAGCAACCAUUUUAUUGGAUUUCUAGUGAAUGGCUUCGCCAGUGGGCCGACAACAUUAUUCCAACUCCUCUUGACAACACACCAGUCCAAUGCUCGCAUGGGAAAGUCCCAGUUUCAAAGGUUACCUCUAUGAAGCGAUUGUCUACUAAGGCGUGGAAUGCGUUGUUCUCCAAGUAUGGUGGGGGGCCGGCAUUGUCUAAUGAUAACAACUGCUGGGAUUGCCUGAUUCACGGGGCUAUGACAGUGGUGUCAGCUGACACCUAUCGAGAUAGAAGAGAAUCGAUGAAGUCACUUGCGCGAGAUAUUUUAGAUGGAAACUGUCUAGAAGGGAAGUAUUACAUAUCCAGACCAUGGUUGCAGCAGUGGUGGAAAAGAAAAGUCCUUGAUGCUCCAUCAGACGCUGAUGCUGGACCAACAGCAGCCAUUAGUUGUCCACAUGGUCAAUUGAUGCCUGAGCAAGCUCCUGGUGCUAAGCGGGUGCUUAUUCCUGAGAGCUUUUGGCUCUUCUUACAUGAAGAUGCUGUUUCUGUAAAGCCUGAUGAUCCUUUAGGUGGCCCAACUUUUUCUUCAGAUUCUGAAGAGUGUUCCCAAUGCAGUAAUGAAUUAUCUCAAGUAGCAUGCUUGGAAGACUCCUUGAGAUUAGUUAAACAAAGGCAACGUCAGAAUCAUGAGAAAUUAUUCCAGGCUAAAAGUAUGCCACUUUCUCUGCAUUGCAAGUAUUUUCUGGUGCCUUCUUCAUGGGUUUCAAAAUGGAGAAAUUACAUUACUCCAACCCUGAAGAAUUCAGAUAAACCAGAAACUUUAGAUGGGGUAAUUGAUUCACUGCUGUGUGAAAAGCACUCGCAGCUUGUUGAAAGACCUCCUGAUUUGGUUUUCAGACGUGGUGCUAUAAUCCAGAGGGAGUCUUCUGCAGGUGGCUUAACCAUUGUAACUGAGAAUGAUUGGAAAUGCUUCUGUGAAGAAUGGGGAGGUAUUGAGACCAAAGGAAUAUCUGCAACAAUUGAUAAUGUUAAUGAUUCAGAGAAUGUUUUGACUGGAUCCAGUGAAGAGAUGCUAAUAUGCAAGGAUCAGCUGGGCACUGUGGAUAAGAUGAAUAAUGAAAAUGGAUCUGGACAAAUUUUAAUUAAGACUUGUCCUGAGGUUUGUGAAAGUUGCAUUGGAGAAAGAGAGAGCUGUGAGCUAAUGCAGAAACUUAACUAUUGCAACGAGGACAUAUUUGUAAUACUUGUUCGUGGUAAGGAGGUACCUAGAUCAAUAUUGGAGGCUUCAAAAGGAUUCAUCGAAACAGAUCGGCGAGUUUCCAAACGUUCCCGCAAGACUAAAAAUGGGAGUUCAAUUAGUCUAAAAGUUUCUGCUUCAACAUCUUUGUAUCAGCUGAAAAUGAUGAUAUGGGAAUCCUUUGGGGUUGUUAAGGAAAACCAGAUACUACAUAAAGGUGAUAGGAUAAUUGAUAGCGAGAAUGAAUGUGCUACCCUCGCGGAUGUGAACAUAUUUGCUGGAGAUCAGAUUAUAGUGAGAGACUCUGAGAUCCAUGAAAAUCGAGAUAUUGCUGAUGAGCUUUGCGAUGAUAAAAUGGAUCUGCAGCAUACUGAGGAAGGGUUCCGUGGAACACUUCUCACAGCGAAUGUUUCAUCCCAGUUGCAGGGGUAUUGAACCAUUUAUAAAUUCAACGUAUAUGAUUUGAAGAAUUAUGGGAUGACACCGAACCAUCGAUCCUAACCAGCAUCUACUGCUCCUUUACUCCUUCUAUAAGACGAUCACUUGCAAUGGUAGCAGAAGAUCAGGAACGGACUCAGCGCUUGAAAUGACAUUGCACAACCACAUAGCCAAUUUAGAUGAUGUGAAGUAAUCAAAGACCCUUGUUUGCGAUAUAAGCUUAAGAAAAACUUUAGUUGCGUGUUUUAGCUUACGUUUUGCCGACAGUAGAGAGUUUAAAAUUCUUCCAAUUCUUCCUGCAUUAUCAUAAUCAUAUUAUUGUAAUUAUACCCAGGUGUUGCUAAACAUUCGUGAGAAAAGUAAAAUUGUUACCGGUAAAGUUGUCAAGCCAUUUAUAGGCUUAUA